AUGUUCUUCAGCAGCAUGAUGACCCGGAGCAGCCUACACCCCACCCUCGCACCUUCAUCCAGACUCCCGUCUCCAAUGGGUACGUGUGUAGUGCGAUGGUGUGAGGAGAGAAGUGAGGCGGGGCCAGCCUUCCCGUGCACCUCUUGCCUCAGAGGCGCAGCCUGCACUCAGUGCACACACAAACUCAAUAACAUCAUGGGAUGCUUCCUAAAGAAGUUCGACAACUUCCUCAAUCGGUCGUUCUACAAAUUAGGAUUCACGAUUGCUAACCACUACGGCUACUUCAUCAUUGUUCCUGUCUUCUUAUCUGCCAUCUUAGCCACCGGGUUCCAGAGAAUUAAAUACGAGGAUGAUCCUGAGUACUUGUUUUCCCCCACCACGGGCUUCGCUAGGAACGAGCGAGCUAUUAUAGAAGAAAACUUCUUUCUCAACUUCAGUUCGGACUUCCAUCCGUCACGAAUAACACGGACGGGACGCUUUGCUAGACUCAUUAUCACAGCCAAGGACGAGGGUACCCUGCUACGAGCACACGUCUGGGAUGACAUGAUUAAACUAAACCAGCUAGUGCACUCUGUCAGUGUUGACCUGGAAAAUGACAGACACGUUAGAUAUGACGAUCUCUGUGCUAUAUGGGACAGCAAGUGCUACGAGAACAACGUACUGGGUCUGCAAGAUUUUAUGCCGCGUAUCGAGAACGGCACUUUCAACCUGACCUACCCUCUUAUGCUCAACCCCACCACCUUCGAAACCUACGUGUUCCCUCAUUUCUUCGGCGGCACGGUGCUCACCAACGACAGCAUGGUGGUGAGCGUGAAGGCUCUCUCUAUCUUCUACUGGCUCAAGACCAACACCGCCAAGCAGGACGCAGAUGCAUCACUGUGGGAGGAAGCACUACUGAAGGAGAUGGACAAUCGCGACUUCGGCAGCAUCUCCGUGGCGAGGUUUGUCUCGCGGACUCUGGAGACGGAGCUGGAAAACAACACCAACUCAGUAGUGCCCUUCAUUGGCGUUACCCUCACCAUCAUGAUAUUAUUCAGCGUGUGUUCCGUCAUGAUGGGUGACUGGGUGCGCACCAAACCCUGGCUUGGAUUUCUUGGCGUCAUCUCGGCCAACCUCGCCUGCGCCGCCUCCUUCGGCUUCCUAAUCUACCUCGGGGUAGAAUUCAUCGGUAUCAACAUGGCCUCGCCCUUCCUCAUGUUAGGUAUCGGGAUAGAUGACACCUUCGUGAUGCUGGCUGCCUGGCGCCGUACAAGACUGCAGGACAGUGUACAGGAGAGGAUGGCUCAUACCUUUGCUGAAGCUGCUGUCAGUAUCACCAUCACUUCCCUCACUGACAUGAUCUCAUUCUUCGUGGGUGCCAUUACACCAUUCCCCUGCGUCCAGAUCUUCUGUCUUUACACAGGUACGGCAGUGCUGGUGACGUACGCCUGGCACAUUACGUUCUUCGGCGGGUGUCUGGCUCUGGCUGGCUUCAUGGAGAAGGAACAGCGUCAUGGCAUCACGUGCCGCAAAAUCAAACCAUUGUCUGAAGCAGUGGAUGAUGGGUGUUGUUACCGUACCUUCUGUACUGGUGGCAUAAGUGAGGCUGACCCCUGGAACCCAAUAGACAACAAACCUCACGCCUUUAUGGUCUUCUUCAGAUACGUCGCCCGCUUCCUCAACAUCCCGGCUAUCAAAGCCCUGGUGAUCAUGGUGUUCCUGAUGUACCUGAUGGUAGCGUGCUGGGGCUGUACCAUGGUGAAGGAGGGACUGGAGCGACGGAGACUCUCUCGUGAUGACUCUUACUCUGUCCACUUCUAUGACAGUGAAGACAAAUAUUUUAGGGAAUAUCCUUACAGGAUACAGGUUGCAAUAACGGGAGACGUAACCUACAGUGAUCCUGAGACUCAGAAGGAAUUGAUGGCACUACAUAAAAAGUUUGAAGGUUUGUCAUACAGUGGAGGUGCCCUGUACACUGAGUCAUGGCUGCGAGCCUGGCUUGGCUUCUUGGAGAGGAACCAGGAAUACCUAGACAUUAAUAUCACCAGCGAAGCAGAUUUCUGCGCUCAUCUCAAAGAGCUGUACCUGUCAGGUCCAGCCAAUCCAUUUGCCCAGGACGUCAAAUUCAAUGAAAACAGCACUCGCAUCAUUGCUUCCAGGUUUAUAGUCCAGACGUACAAGAUACUUGAUGCAAAUGCAGACAAAGACAUGAUGGAGGCAUUCCGGAAAGUAGCUUCAGAUUCAAAAUUCAACGUCACUGUGUUCAACCCAUUUUUCAUCUACUUUGAUCAGUAUGUUUUAGUGAGGACAACAAGCAUACAAGCCAUCUGUCUUGCUGCUGGUAUAAUGAUGGUGGUCUCACUUAUAUUUAUACCAAAUCCUCUGUGCUCUCUUUGGGUUGCUUUCUCCAUUGUGUCCAUUGAAAUAGGUGUUGUUGGAUACAUGACUUUAUGGGGAGUUAAUUUAGAUUCCAUUUCAAUGAUCAAUCUUAUAAUGUGUAUUGGUUUUAGUGUUGACUUCUCUGCUCACAUUUCCUAUGCCUAUCUAGCAGCUAAAGUGGACACACCAGAUGAACGUGUGCAGGAAUGUCUGUAUGCCCUUGGUGUUCCUAUAAUACAAGGUGGCCUCUCAACCAUUUUAGGCAUCACAGCACUUAUCCUAGCUCCCUCCUAUAUAUUCAUCACUUUCUUCAAGACUGUCUUCCUUGUUAUAUUCUUUGGUGCUUUGCAUGGAAUCUUACUGUUGCCAGUUCUUCUUUCUCUUAUGGGUCCUGGUUCCUGUAGUAAAAAGAAACCAACCAAGCACCAACCACCUUCUAAAACAAAUGGUCAUCCAUUCUUUGUGCAUGGUCAAGAAAUUUCUCCUACAGGUCACAUUGAUCCUAACAGCCUAAAGAUUCCACGGCCACACAGUGUGCCUGCAGCACACAAUGGAGCAGCACCUUCACAAGUAGGACCCGUGGCACUGAGUCGUUCUGGAGCCUUUCUUGCUUCAGGUGCUAAUGCCAUGCUAGCAUCCAGUAAGGAGGAUGGUAAUUGUCUAGAAAAAGACUUAGGUCUUGGCACUUCUGGUGAAGAGUCUAGCGAGUCAAGCUUGAGUAAGGGAGUCAUAACACGGCGUAGUGGUUCAGAUAUUGCUAAUGGAACUGGAGGACGUCAUGGACUUCCAAUUCUAGAGGUGUAUAGUAAUAAUGGUUAUAUAAGUGACGAUUUGGAAGCUGAAGAGCGUAGAGGAAAGGAACAUCGUCUCGAUAGAUAUGGUGAAUGGGAAGAUCCACGUCGGAGUUACCACGAACAACGUUCAUCUGCUAAGUAUUCCUCUGAUCAUCGACAUGGCUCUUCCCGUGCACUUGAUCAAGAACAACCCCGUCACUCAAGCUCUCGAGAAAGGAAUGUACAUCGAAGUGGAUCAUCAGUAGCACACGGGCAGCGUACAUCUUCAGAACCCAGGGGACGAUACCGUGAUCAUAAAUAACAAAGUCACGCUCAAGUGACCAUGUGCCAUGGCCUAAUGUACAGUGUACAUAGUUUAGUGUGAAUGGACAGGCCCAGCACUGCUAGUCACUGGGCAGAGCCUCCCCCUUUUCCUCUUCCCAGGGUACUAUAUUACCCUAUGGGUAUGUGCCAUUCCACCCACAUUGUGACUGCCAGUAUCCUCCAGUCCUGUAGUUUUCAUCCUACAUUACUUUUAGUGUCGUUCUUAAAUAUAACUCACUAAAAGGAUGUAACCUUGACUUUUUAUUUUUGUUUUACAUGAAGGGUUACUGAGAAAGGAACUUGGGGGUGUUUUAGACCACAACAAUGCUGUCAAAAUAUUUGGGAAAUUUUGCAACGUAUUUCUUUAUACUGAGAGUUACUGAAUCUGUUUUUUUUUUUUUUUUUUUUUUUUUUUUUUUUUUUUUUUUAUCUAUAUAAGGUUUUAAUUUUAAAAUAAAAAAUUUGAAGAGCAAGACAUAUGUGCAACAGUUGCCCAUGUAUCUUACUCUUCAAUUUGUCAGUAUUUUAUACUAUUUUAAAAAUAAAAUUUGGUUUAAUUUAAUUUAUAAAAAAAAUGAGGAUAAUGGACUGACAUUUUAAGUGUUAGCAAUGUGAUUACAGAAGAACAAUACUUGAAAUGCCAAAAAAUACUGUCUUAGGGAUUAAAAAGAAAGUCUUUUCAGACUGAAUGAUGGUUAGAAUGUUGUAUGUUAGUUUUAUAUUUGUGUGUACUGUAGUGUAUAAUGUUUAGACGAGUUUGUUUAAUGUAUGUUUAAAUGCAUUCUCAUAAGUGUUUUUUUUUUUCACAAUUCAUGUCCUCAUUGAAGUUUUUCUAUGUAAUUUUAUGUAUCUUUUUAUUUAAUUAAAUAUUAUUAAUUUUCUUCAUAGAAGAGCAGGGACACUGGCAAGCUUCAGCUGGCUAAAGCUCUAAAUCAACCCAAGUUUUUUAUUGCAUUAUAAAGUAAACUGUAUCAGUUACCACGUAUGUGGGCAAUACAUUAUUGUGCUGUAAAAAUACUGUUUAUGAACAGCAUUUGUUAUGAAAAAAUUCUUUUGACCUUGACAAUUGUUUUUAAAAGGAACAGUUGUAAUUUCUAAAUUAUUUUGCAAUACUCUUAUUUUUACCAAUAUUUUGUAUUGACUAUGGUCUUGGCGAACCAAUAUUUUGUUUUAGUUUUAAGCAAUAAUAGACACUGUUUUAAUAUAAUUGUAAUUAAAUUGUAUGAAAUUUGAUUUGUGUGCUUGUAGUGUAUCAGAGUUAUCACUUAAUGCUUCCAUAUUAUACACAAGACUGUGGGAAUCAGGCAUCACUGCUUCAGUGUGGUACACACCAGUACAAAGUACCGAGCAAGAUGGAAAUUGUGACAUUCUGAAACGAGAAUAAAUUAUUUAUAUAUUGCUGUAAGUAAUAAAUUCAUUGUGACAAAAUUUCAUGCUAUCACAAUGUUAAAGUUGUAAUCUUAGGCCUAUCUGAAUUAAUAAUAGCAUACCCAUCAACUUUAUGUGAGGGAGCCCAAACAGUGUCACUUCUGAAUAUGACAAAAUUAAUGUUAAUACAGCAUAUAUUUUGGAGUUUUGUUGGUUUGUAUUUUCCUAUAAAGUUCUACAUGUAGUGUAGUCUUACCAAAUUCAGUAUUAUUAAGCUCUUCUACAUUUUCAUGUAGUAUUCAUUUCCCUAAAAUAAAAUAAAAUGCCAACUGAAUUUAGUGUUGAAAAACAAAACCCAGAGGAAUCCUACACAAGUUGUCAGUUGUAUUGUGCAGGAGUUGCAGGUGGAUGCUUUAACACUGUUCUGUGUUAUUACAAUCAAAAAGUGCUAAACCCACAAGGGUCAUACAAUCUGUUCUAUGUUAAAAAAAAAAAUCUUUUAUAUAGACCAUGUAGACUAUAAACAUUUCUUGAUGAAGCUUAUCAGAAUGUACAA